GGGGGCGGCUCAGCGAGGGCGCGGCCUCCGGGAGUGGGGACGAGCGACACGCAUUCCCCGUGCUCUCUCGGGCCACUCGGGAGCCUCGCAGCAGCCCGUUGCCCCACUUGGCCACCCGCUCCGUGAUCCCUCCUUGCGUCUACCUCCUCUUGUCACCUCCCGUCUCACCCUCCUCGCUCCAUCCCCCCCCACCGCAUCUACAGCCAUCCGAUCAUCUCAGAGAGCAGGUGGUGCUGUGCCGGGCUGCAGGGCGCUCCCUCCAAAGGUCCCCAGCUCGACAUUGGGGGGCCACAGGCGACAGCAUGGACACCAAGCGCUGUUUCGCCAACCGCUUCGAUGACUACCAGGGCAGCCUGCUGGCUGGCCAGUGCGAGGAGGCGGUGGCGCCCUUGGUCACCUCCACCAUCGAACGCAUCCUCCAGGAGCUGCCCCCGCUGGGGGGCGGCGCUGAGGCUCGAGGGGCGACACCGGCGGGCAGCAGCUGCCAGGGGGGUCUGUACAGUGGCGUGGCCGGGGUGGCCUACAUGCUCUACCACGUCUCGCAAAGCCCGCUUUUCGCCGGGGCCCGCGAGCGCUACCUGCGCUCUGCCAAGCGCCUCAUCGACGCGUGCUCCCGCUCCGAAGAGUGGGGCGAGCCGGACGCCGACACCCGCGCCGCCUUCCUACUCGGGGGCGCGGGCGUGCACGCGGUGGCUACGCUCGUGUACCACGCCCUGGGCCGUUCCGACUACGUGCAGCCCCUCGGGAAGUUCCGGGCUCUGUGCGCCGUCUGCGCACCCGUCUCCUUCCUGGAGUGCGGCUCCGACGAGCUGUUCGUGGGCCGCGCCGGCUACCUGUGCGCCGCACUGGUACUCAAGCAGAAACUCGCCCAGGAGGUAUUGACCCCAGCACAAAUUAAAUCAAUAUGCCAGGCAAUUUUGGACUCUGGGAAGCAGUACGCCUUGAAGAAGAGAAAGCCGUUCCCCCUGAUGUAUUCUUACUAUGGAACUGAAUACUUGGGGGCAGCUCAUGGCCUGUCAUCCAUUCUGCAGAUGCUUCUUUCUUACCACGAGCAUCUCAAGCCUUCAGAUCGGGAGCUGGUGUGGCAGAGUGUGGAUUUCCUCAUGGAACAGGAACAGAAUUGCAACUGGCCACCUGAGCUGGGAGAAACGAUCGAGAGAGAGAAUGAACUGGUCCACUGGUGCCACGGUGCUCCAGGAAUUGCUUAUCUGUUUGCCAAAGCUUAUCUUGUUUCCAAGAAACCACAGUACCUGGACACAUGCAUACGGUGUGGGGAGCUAACGUGGCAGAAAGGCCUACUGAAGAAGGGGCCAGGGAUUUGCCAUGGUGUAGCCGGCAGCGCCUAUGUCUUCCUUCUGCUGUACCGUCUUACAGGAAACUCCAAAUACAUCUACCGUGCCCAAAGGUUUGCACAAUUCUUGUUCACUGAAGAAUUCAAAGCUGGUUCACGGGUCCUUGAAAGCAUAUAUAGCUUGUAUGAAGGCUUCUCUGGCACGGUUUGCUUUCUCAUUGAUUUGCUACAGCCCAAUCAGGCUGAAUUCCCUCUCUUCAGCGUCUUUGUUUAAAGGCUCCAUCUCCCAUUGCAUCCUGGCAGAAGUCCCCUGAGAUUUCCUGGGCCUCCUCUAGGCAAUUUCCCACAUAAUCCACAUCCAAUGGCAUCACAACUAUGAGCCUUCACAUUGCUGCCAGGAGGAUGAGCUCAGCCUGAUGAAGCAGCGUGAUACCAGACUGGAGAGAGAGCCUGCCAAGCAAAGAUGCCACAACUCAUCUAAAAAUCCCGGAUUUGAUGUUUCAGGGGAGAGAUGUAAAACCGAAGAUCAGAGAGAAAGAGAAAGGAAAAUAAUGUUUUCCAGUUCGUGACAUUGAAGGCAAAAGUGAACUGGAGAUGAUGGGGAUAGACUGGCAGCCCUCUGAAAACUGGAGAGCAAAUUUGACCAUCUGUCUAUACCCUCCACCCUUAAAUUCAGAAAUGAAGACAAUCUUAAUAAUCUAAAAUAUAUAAAAUAAUUUUGCCCUCUUAAAAACUGUUAGCAGGGAUCAAGUGUCAUGAUGAAGGACAUGAAAAGAAACCCUUGAUUGUCCUAGGCCUUCGCUUGCUGAAGUUCAUGAUUUUUUUUUUUUUGUUUGAGUGGAGAUAUUUGAAUAUGUAUGUGGGUAUUUUUAAAAUCACUAUCAUGGGCACUUUAAAACAUCAUAUCAUAACUUAUUUUAAAUACUGAAAUUUCAAGCUUCCUUAGGUCUUAGAAUAUCUCUUUCCCUAGUUUUGUUUUCUUUCCUAGAGCCUCAGUAUAGUGAGAUUCUGGGCAGGAAGGAGUGUAAUUUUAGUGGCAGCCUAAGCUUAGUAGCUUAGGGGUGUGGCUUGUUUAGCAUGCACAAGGCCCUAGUUCCAUGCCUAGUACCAUAAACAAACAAAAAAGAAGACAGGAAAAUUCUUAUCUAGCAAAUAAGUGUUGUUGUCAUGUGUUUAUCUCAACUUGAAGUGUGACCUGUGUAUUGUAUAUGUUAGUAAUUCUUCAAAUGCCUUCAUCUUUGUAAUCUCUAUGAAGCUAUUAGACUAUAAAAUAUGCUCUCGGUGAAAAUCACUCAUCUCAAAGAUCAGGGUAACUACCACAAAGGUAAGUCAUUUCCGUAUUUCAUAGAAUACCACGAAAGACAUGGAAUGAGGAAAAUAGAAGUGGUUUUCGAAUGAAUGUUGUUCUAUUUUAUCCUAAGAGUGGAAUGAACUCCCUGACUGGUCACCUUACCUUGCACAACAAAGGACAUGCUAGAGCUUUACUAUCAUACCAGUUGAUUCUAGUUAUCACAUUAAAUUUACUUUUGCUAAUAACAAAGGUUAUAAAAAUGCUUCAAGCCAAUAGUGGAUUGCUGGACACUAAUAGAAGCAACUAUCACUUCCAUACAGAGAAUAUGAGUUUACCACAGUCCCGGUAUUUAACCACUGAAGUUCAAACAUCAUAUUAAAGAAAACUGUUAGCCGGGCGGUGGUGGCGCACGCCUUUAAUCCCAGCACUUGGGAGGCAGAGGCAGGCGGAUCUCUGUGAGUUCGAGACCAGCCUGGUCUACAAGAGCUAGUUCCAGGACAGGCUCCAAAACCACAGAGAAACCCUGUCUCGAAAAAGCAAAAAAAAAAAAAAAAAAAAAAAGAAAGAAAGAAAACUGUUGUGCUGUAUAAGAUGUCAUUGUUUCAAUAGUCAUUAGCUAUUUGGAUAUACAUAGGUACAUAUGUGUACAUGAUACAUUUAAUACCUUAUAAUUUCAAGCACUAUUUGAACUGUAGAUAGACUUUGGGAGGAGUUAGGUAAUACUUUACUGCCUAGAAACAUUUCUGUGUGUGCUGGCUUGUGGAGCUGUAUGAACCAAUGGACUUGUAUGGGUUUGUAUGAAUGUUAUAUGUGUGAUCCUAUUUUGGAAAAGAGGAUCUCUUUUAUUCAUAAGAUUCUCAAAGAAUCUUACCAAAGAAAAGAACUGUCUUUUUUAUAUUUUAUGACUCUUUGCACGUUUACAAUCGUUAACACAAGCUGGGACAAAAUGAAUUUUGCAAAAUGUGUACCUUGUUGGCUUAUGGUCCCAUUUCACACCCUCAUAUUUCAACAUAUAAAAUUGGUUUUAAUUGCCCAUCUGUGAAAAUACUGUUUGGAGUAAAACUUAAUUAGAUUCCAGAAGUUCUUUCUUGAGGAGGGCAAGCACCUUUUGGAAGCCCUAAGGAAGAUUCUGUUUACAGAAUGUUCUCCUUCUGAAAGGACCAGUGACAGCUGCUACAGCAUCUCAUUUAAAAUGCAUUUGGAGGCCAGGCAGUGGUGGCACACACCUUUAAUCCCAGCACUUGGGAGGCAGAGGCAGGCGGAUCUCUGUGAGUUCGAGACCAGCCUGGUCUACAACAGCUAGUUCCAGGACAGGCUCCAAAGCCACAGAGAAACCCUGUCUCGAAAAACCAAAAAAAAAAAAAAAAUGCAUUUGGCAUGGGCCCUACAGGCUAAAGAUAACCAGGCAGGAUUAGGCCUUUUACAGUAAAGGAAUACGUGCUUUCAUUGUGUCUGAGCAGCCCCUCAAUGUGUGUUAGGUGAUCCCCCCAAAGACAGAGCUAGGAGGGAACAAAACAAGGAUUUGAAGUCUGGUUUCUCCUUUCAGGUUCAUUUAUUCAGUAUUCUAGAUUAGAAAUAUGCCAGCAUGACAGUAGACAAAUCAGCCCCUUUCUCAAAGGAACCUCCUUUUAAAAUCUGCCCACCUCUUGCAUCAUUCAUUAUAUGGACCAGAAAACCAAAGGACUAGGAAAUGACACAUAGAUUUGCUGUAUCUGUUAUGUUUCCAGGAGCUUUAGAAAAACCGAACCUACCUUUUAAAGAUGCAAUAGAGUGACCAUAACUUUGUGCUGAUCAUUGUGAAAAACUUGCUGUUUUUGUAUAUCAUGUCUAAAAAGGGGUCAUGUUUGGGUGUGGUCUUUCUGAAGUACCACCUCAGUAAAUUUGAAACAAGGCUACACUUUUGUUUUGUUUUGUUUUGUUUUUGUUUUUGUUUUUGGCUGUUAAACCUAUCAUUGAAACUUUCCGUUUUCCUAAAAGAAAAGCACCGCUAGUUUGAGAGUCCUCUUCUAUAUUACUUUCCCAAGAAAGGGAUGAAAGACACAUAUUUUCAGCAGGAAAUUAAGUCAAGUCAUUUAUUUCAUAAUCAAUUUCAUGUGUAGUAACAUUCUUCAUGUUAAAGCAUGGUCCCUCUUGAAGGCUCCUGUGGCAGUUUUAUUAUUUUUAAUUACAAGUACGUGUGUGGAUAUGUGCCUAAGAGUGCUGGAACUACAGUUAUGGACGGCUCUGAGCCACCCGAUGUGAAUUCUGGGAAGGGAAAUCCAACUUGGGUUCCCAGAAAGUGGGGUGGGGCUCCAUGCUCUUAACUGCCGAGCCAUCCCUUCAGCUCUUACUGUGGCAUUUUCACCACUGUUCACGCUAUCAUACUAUUUACUAUAUAGGACAAAACCAGUCCUGAAUGCUGAGUGGAGAUGUUCGAGGAUACAUUGAAAGAGCCUUAACAAUAAGGAAGGAGACACAUUAUACUUCAAUAGCAAUAUAUUGUAAAACACUGUAGCUUUGUGCCUUUCUUUCUACCCUUAACUGUCUAUAUUUAAUUUACCCUGUCUAGUUGCCACAUUACAUCUUUUCAAUUUGUAACCUGCUCUUUGAAGAGAACAGAAGUUUGACAGUGUACAUUUCCCACUGACUUUUUUUCCAGGCAAUUGACCAUGUUGUUAAGAUAAUGGUAUUCAAUUAUGACAAUCCAUUACAUAAAACAGCUUCCUUGCUCUGUAGUAAAUCCCAUCUCUUCUUUUUACUUCUUUAGUUUUCUUUGAGAUUUUAAUCCAAGUGUUAUGCAAAUUGUUUUGGUUUCUUUCUUUUUUUUAUUGAAAAAAUUUCCGCCUCCUCCCCGUGUUUUGGUUUCUGUAGAGAGUAUAUCUCAGUAAUUUUAAUACAAAAAUAUGAGUUUGGAAUAUAUAACCAGGCUAAGAAAGUAUACACAGGCUGAGGAUGUAAUUCUAUAGUAGAACACCUUUCUAGCAUGCAUGCUGCCCUAGGCCCUAGUCCCAGCGUUAAGAACAAAAAGACAUCAAAGAAAAGACACAAUUAAAAGGAAGUAGUAAUGUCAAGAGAACCAUGUUAGAAAUUCUAAAUCCUUGUUCUGCCACUUUUGGGGGGGGUACUGUAUAUAGUUAGGUACCUUGCCUAAUUCAUGCAGUUGUCAUAGGAGUUAUUUGUCAAUAUGGGUUCUUUAUUAUUUAAAAAGGCUUCUAUGUUUUAGGUUCCUAUUAUGUGCACAUAAAAUUAUGCUCAGUUCAUAUUUAAAAACUAAACAAACACUUGUCAUAUGAAGAUGCAGUGCUUGGGGCCCAGGACACUAGAAGGGUAACUAUAUAUUUUAUAUUCCACUGCCAAUUCUGACUGUGGUGUUUGUGCCUCAGAAGGUUCUGACUUGAAAGAAUUUCCUCCAGAGGAAUGGGUGGUGUAGUCUAGACGCUCUCUUUAACACAAAUAUUAAUUUUGCUGACUGAAAAUAAAAGAUUCUGGUGCCAAUAACUGAAGAAAAGGAACAUCCAGGCCAUAACUAUAUAGCAAAAAAUGAAUUGGGAAAUAGGAUAAUUAAACACUGAUUUUGAUCUGUAUUUUUUAAUUUGGUCUUCAGAGGUGUGUUACCUGUAGGAAUAGAAUUAUGCUGCUUGUGAAGCCUCCCUUAAAUUAUUAUGUCUCAAAUUAAUAGCUGGGAUGACUAACCCUCAAAUUUACCAAGGUCAUGUGAUCUUAGCAUAAAUUUGGCUAGAGAAAGGCAAGCUAGAAGACAGGAUCAGGGCUUGGGGGUUGCUUACCAAAGUGUGGUAUCUGAAGAUAAUUUGUACAUGUGCAUUUAAUGAGACUAAACAAGUAUAGUCUUACCACUGGGACUUUUUUUUCUUGCUUAGUGAAAUCUCUUUAAUCCUAAUCCACCUUCAAGUCAGCAUGUGUCAUCACCUGUUUCUAAACAUCUCAUUCUGAUAAUGGAUUUUUUACCCCUAUGUCUGUUUAAUCACACACAUGACCUCUCUUCUCCUACGAAGGCAGGCUUCCUCCAUAUCUUUGUCCACAUCUGUCCUUAGCCAAGAGCAUGGGGCUCAACAAGACUUGACUCUACUUUAGACAGAAGGGCUGACCUCAAGGUCAGUAGCAACCAGAAUUGGGACUAUUCUGUAGUCAGAUCACAAGUACAGGGCAAGCUGCCACAAGAGUGCCUGUGCAAUGAGAAUAAGGUAGUGGCCACAUGUAUCUUGCUUCCAAUCCAUAAACAGGACUGGCCAUAUUGUUUUUAUGUCUUUUAUUAUGUCAUAAAAGACAAAAACCAAAGUAGUUCCUACACGAACAAAGUCUCUCCCCUUAUUUUAUAAAUUGAAAGUGUUAAUAAAUUGGGACCUAAUGGGUGAUGCUGUUAAGAUUUAAAAGAAUAUUCAUUUUCAUCUUUAAAUAUUGAACCUUGUCUUAGAGGCAGGCGGAUCUCUGUGAGUUCGAGACCAGCCUGGUCUACAAGAGCUAGUUCCAGGACAGGCUCCAAAGCCACAGAGAAACCCUGUCUCGAAAAACAAAAACAAAAACAAAAACAAAAAAAAAUGAACCUUGUCCUUUCCAUCUAGUUCCCUUCACAAAUGACAAAGUCUCUCAUCUUCAGGAUUCUUUGCGUCUUCAUUUCCUUUGGGGGUACCUGUUAUUCACCCAUUCUGAAUUAACUUUGAAAAGUUAUUUAAAUGGAAAACCAAAUCUUCUGUGUUUUUGUUCUGCAUUGGGGUGGAAGGAGGGCCAGCGAAUUGUAUGACACAUGAAGCAGACUUAUCUUUGUACUCAGAAUCACCUGAAAGGCAAGAUACCACUUUUGUUAUGGAAUAAUCACUUACUAAAUUGAAAGUAGCUGAAGAUUUAUGUCUUAAAGGUCUUCCUGAAGUACCCCAAUACGCUCCCUUGUGUUAUGCUUUCAGAAACAAUGAACACUCCAAAAGAAUGGAGAUGGGUAAAACACCUGUGUGUAUGUGUAAACAGAAUUCCUUCAUAUAGAAUAAUGCAGUUCUACUGAAAUUUUCUUCAUAUAUUUUGUGUGAUGUGUUCCUCGGUGUAUAAUCUUGUAUUGUGUGUGAAGUAGCUGUGAAUUAGCAAUCAGUAUAAAAAAGGCAUAAAAUCUAUACUUGUCUACUGUCUUUAGCAAAUGACCUUAUUACAGCAUAUUUUAGUGGGAUGUCUGUGUGUAAGUGGCAAUUACCAGUAAAAUAAAUUGUGUCAUUAAAUUUGAUUCAAGUUGAAUGUGGUAAUACUUAUAUAUAGAUAUAUUCAAAUAAGCAUAUUGCUUAAAUAAUCAGUCUUGUAUCUUUUAGGGCUUUUAAUAUUAGAGGUGUCUUCUGAAGACUGUAGCAGCCGUAAACUCCUUUUGCUCUUGAAAAUGCAGUAUUAUUUGUAUUAUAGAGAUGUCCCAGCAGUAAGAGUGGAACACUGUAAGUGUAAUAGUUUGGUCUCAGGAUCUGGUAUAGGCCACUCCAGUCUCUUGGAUGUAGUGGCACCAAACUAACAGAAUUGUUAAAAUGGAUUUUGUAGAAAUCAGUGAAACAUGUUGAGAAGCCAUAAAUAACUAGGGACUGGUCAAACAUCACAUACUAGAGUGAAUAGAAUCUACUUCACCAAAAGGGUUUUCAUUUUUGCACAAUUUGCAAUAUUUACAAAAAUAUGUUUGUAUCAUCAUUGGGUUAAAACAAAGUUAAUCUUCCUGAUGGUACAUUUCAUAAGCAGCAAACCAGUGCAAUUCUUUAAUCUUUUGGGGCAAUAUCCAAAUAGGAAAUUGUCAAUAUAGUAUAACAACUUACUCCUAAUUGCACCUAAGAGUAAACAAGCACCACAGUUUAAUGUACUAUUGAAGUUUAAAGACGUGCUCAAUAAAUUAGUAUUAUUAAUAAAGUUGUGCUCUUUGCUGCAUUUCUCCACCAAUUACGAGUAAGCAAAAUUAUAAAAAUAAACCAAAUGAUAGGAAUUAGUUAUUAGUACUUUAAAAUUCUUUUAAUUUUUAUUAACAUUAAAUUCAACACCAGUUAUCUGUUGUAUAUAACAAGAAUUUUGAAAUACUUGCACACCAAUUGAGAGGCUUUGUAAAAAUGCCUUUUUGCCAAAAUCAAGUUCUUUGACUUCUUGCUAAUUCUUAUAUGUCUGUAGGGGUACUUUGAGGGGUUUGAAAGAUAUAUCAGAAGCAGUUCUAAUCUUAGUGCAGAACAUUUUGUUAAUCAUUUUACUAUAUUAUGAAAUGUUAUACUAUGAUAUUUUAUAAUAAAACAAAAUUAUCAAGUAUUCUGGCCUAUUACAUAUUAUUAUACCCAAACAUCACUUUCUAUAAGUCUAUUACUGAGUACACAUAUUUUUUUUUUUAAAAAAAUCACAGUGGGUAUUUUGAUCCUUGUGAGGAAGUAUAAUGCAAUAUCUGACAUUGAUUUUUAAUGAAAACCCACUUAAAUGUAGGGCAGAGAAACUAAGUUGUAAAUGUAUAUGUUCAUCUGACUGAUAAAAUGACAAGUGAUAAUUCGGAAAGGUCAACUUAAAAAUGCUCAUCAGAUUUUAGCUUUUGUUAUCUAUUGUUCCUGGAGCGGGGACGACAAUUGUCAGUUGAAUUUGCUUCAGCUUCACCGAGGGGUUUGCUUACAGUCCACUGCUUGGUGUAAUGAAAUGUCUUUCGAAGCAAGACUGACUUAGAAACUUAGUGAUGCACCUUAAUAUUUUUUAGGGGCUGUUAUAAUAUCAAAAACACUGUGAUCUUUCCAAUGUGUUUUCUGUAUCAGUUUUGUACUGUAGAAAAUAAUCUGCCAUAAACUGCACUUUAUUGUUUAAAGUGAUGUUGCUGGCUUAUUGCACCGCUGCUCCACAACACGGUCCACUUAAUAAUGUAAAACCUGUGAUAAUCCUUUGCCUUAAGAUCUGAUGCUAAACUGUUAUUGUGUUCUAAUUAAUAAUUUGUAGCUACUCAUUAGUUACCCU